GUGGAUACAGAUGUACCUAUGAAUUCUCUGCUUUGAUCAGGGGCUACAGAAGUCUUUGGCGGUCCAGCCACUACCAAGCAGUCAUGCCAUCGAACGCUAGAUUCUUCUCAUUCUUCUAUUACUCCCUUAGUUACUAUUAUGCAUGGAUUGAGAGAGAUGUCUUACCACGGUUCUACUGCUGUGGACUUGCUGGUGGAAACUUCUGUAGGCUUUACGAGCGACGUCGUCCACGGGCUCACUGCUUUGGAUAUAGGCGACCAUGGUGGGGAUGGUUUUGGGGUGAUCCGCAUAUCAAUACUCUGGAUGGUAGGAAAUACACCUUCAACGGCCUUGGUGAAUACAUUACGUUGUCUUACAAUCAGGGUGACCCAUUCGUUUUACAAUCAAGAACUGGCAAGGCUUUUAACAACAGUGAACCCGUUGAACACGGAACGGUCUUUAUUGGUUUUGCUGCUACACAAGAUAUCACGAAGGUUGAAUUCCAGCUGAACGACAACAGGACAGAAAUGAGUAUUCUUGUUAAUGGUUCCUCUAUUAAUAUGACAGAUUUCCUAAGCGAUGGAUAUGAUUCACAAGAUCAGACGUUCAUCUUAUCCUCGGAUAAUGAGACCGAAUCCGAGGAUGAGAUCAAGGUCACAGCUCUCUUUCAACCAGAAGGCUAUUCGAGUACGUCCUUUACAGUGACCUUUAAGAAUGGGAUCUUGGAUAUAGGCGUCAUGGUCCCGCCUGAGUAUUCUGAGAACGCAACAGGGAGGGGUCUGCUUGGUAAUGUCAAUGGAGAUAAAACAGAUGAUUUUCUUUUACGGAAUGGAACGUUACUUACCGAUCAACCCGGGAGAAAUCUAACAGAAGAAGAAAUAUACCAAUUUGGACAAUCAUGGAUGAUAACGGAGAACGAGUCGCUGUUUGAGUACGGUCAUAGGGACUGGAGUUACUACAACCCAAGUAACUAUACACCAAUGUUCUUAGACGCCCUGCUCGCCCUCGACCCAGACAGGACCAGUGAUGCCCGGGAGACUUGCGGGGAUGACGAAACGUGCCUUUUCGACUUCCUCGCCGUCAACCCCGAUUUGGGAAAACAGACGAUGGACACCGGGAACCAACUCGACAACGAACUCCUAAACCUUGAUAAUUUCCCUCCGAACAUAACAAGCGUCAUAGAACUUACGGAAACAGAUGCACUACAUGAGGAUGACGUUAUCUUCGUGCAAGUGGGCGUGAUUGUUACCUUAGAUAUUACUGCACAUGACCCUAACGAUGAUGAUGACGUAUACUUUACUUUCAACGAUACAACUCCAGAUGGCGCCAAUAUCAGCGCAGAUGGUAUUUUCACAUGGACACCCACUAAUCUGAACAUCUCCUCCAUUGAGAUCAUCGCGAUGGACAACCGAGGGGCAGAGACUUCCCUCUCCUACAAAGUCCUCAUCUGUCAAUGCGAGAACGAUGGCGAGUGCGAUUUCGAGAGCCAAGCCGAGGGACAGGACCUCAAUGCUAAUGGCUUUGCUGUGGUCACGUGCAACUGCACUAAUGGGUGGUCAGGUGACCACUGUGACGUAGACUACGAUGCAUGUGAGGGCAGCGGACCCUGUUAUGAGGGGGUUAUCUGCUACGAUGAGCCCCCGUCCUCAGAGGAAGAAUACAAAUGCGGGCCAUGCCCACCUCAACUGACAGGCAACGGGAGUAAUUGCUUCGACUUCAACGAAUGUGCUGAAAAUGACACCAACGACUGUGACCAGAUUUGUGAAAAUGAUUUGGGUUCAUACACAUGCUCUUGUAAAUCGGGCUUUAGGCUUGGCCUUGAUCAACGUUCAUGUAUAAAGAUAUCCUGUACUGAGGAACUAAAGAAUUCCACGGGAUCUGAAAACUGUACUUGCGAGCCAGGCUUUGAACUCAUAAAUGGAUCGUGUGCAGAUUUUGAUGAAUGUCUGGCUGGUGUAGACCAGUGUCCACCUGAUAUAGCUAUGUGCAAAAACCUACCAGGAGAUUAUAAUUGUACUUGCCAUUCUGGAUACGAAAACAUGUCGCCAAAAGAGUGUCGAGACAUCAACGAAUGUGAACGCGACUUAGAUAAUUGCAACAAGACUGAAUUCAACUGUGUGAACACACUGGGUAACUUCUCAUGCGUAUGCAAGAAAAAUACAACAGAAGUCGAUGGAGUUUGUCUAGGUGCAUUGACGCUGUCACUCAACGUUCGUUUUUCAUUUAUCAACGGGCUUGACGUUGUUACCUACCCAGAGACAAUUGACUCCCAAGAAAUUCAGCAGAAAUUGGCACAAGAUGUCUUGCGUUACCUCAACACGUCAUCAGAACUAAGUGAAGACACGUUGCAGGCUGUAUCUGUGCAGAACUACAGCUCGGCAGGAAGUUUUCUUCUGAUUUCCUUCCGGGUUGACCUAAAACCCGACUCGUCACUGACCGAAUCUAAUCUGGAGAAUAUUUUCAUGGAACUUCUUACAAGGUCAAGGCUUAUUGAACCAAACCAUAUGGUUACGCCCGAGGAUAUCAACGAAUGUGUGCAAUUUACGGAUGCGUGUAGUAACGGUAACUGUACAAACACAGACGGUAGCUAUUUUUGUACCUGUUCUGUGGGUUUCCAACUCGGAAACGGGGAUGCUUCUUGCAUAGAUAUUAAUGAGUGUCUCGGAAGUCAUGAAUGCAACCAAACGUGUAUCAACUCACCGGGGAAUUACUCGUGUUCUUGCAGUCCUGGAUUUGAGCUUAAUGAAGAUGGUUUUACAUGCAGCGAUACCAAUGAAUGUAAUGCAACAGACGUGUGUAGUAACGGGAACUGUACAAAUACAUAUGGCAGCUUCUAUUGCACUUGUGAUGACGGUUUCACUGGAACUGGAAAUGAAUCUUGUUUAGAAAUUGAUGAGUGUGAAUCUGAUCCUUGCCAAAAUGGAGCGACUUGCACAGACGGGGUCAACAUGUAUAACUGUACCUGCGCACCUGGUUAUACUGGAACAAAUUGCACAAUAGCUACAACUACAACACAACCUAGAUCAACUACUCCAGAAGAUACUAGUUCUACAACUACUCCUGUUUCUGAUUCUACCACUUAUCCAACAACGAUCUCUUCACCUGAAAUAACCACCACCACCGCCACAGAGGGCCCGUCAGCUACAACUGUCACGCAACCUAGCAUAACUACUCCAGAAGAUGCGAGGUCUUCAACUACUUCUGUUUCUGAUUCUGCCACUCAUUCAUCAACUAUCACUUCAUCUGAAAUAGCCACCACCACCAAUACCACUGCCACCACCGCCACAGGGGGGCCGUCAGCUUUAACUAUCACACAACCUAGCGCAACUAUUACAGAAGAUACUAGGUCUACAACUACUUAUGUUUCUGAUUCAACCACUCAUUCAUCAACUAUCACCUCGCCUGAAACGUUCGUGAGCAUCAUAAGGAUUGAGAUCACAGCCAACAGACGAAAUGGUACAGUGCUUGUAUUCACAGAAGAACUUAGUAAUCGAUCAACGGACGCUUUUAAGGAUUUGAGAUAUGUCUUUUGCGGAGUGGUUUCAACGUAUUUGAAUAAAAGCUUGAAUUCAGCUCAGCUCAUUAGUAUCACAUGUGAGGUAGUCUCUUUCCGAAAUGGUAGUGUGAUCGCUGAUCUUCAAAUUGGUCUCACAGCACCAUCUCAGGAUUCCGCAGAUAGUCUUGCUGAAUCAGCCGCUGACAUAUCGCCUCCAAAUGAGACAUUAGAGUUCCUUGGUGAUUCUCUUUACGUCGAAGAGUUAGCAGUAGACAAUAUCGAUAGCUGUGAGAACAACCCCUGUAUAAAUGGAGGGAACUGCACGGAUGAAUUCAAUACGUUUAGUUGCGCAUGUCAGGAGGAUUACACAGGGAAAGACUGUUCAACAUUCUCUGGUAGGACUGGCCUAUCACCUGGUGCUAUUGUUGGAAUCAUACUUGGCGCUAUGUCGGGAGCUCUGAUCUUCGUUAUCUGCGCGUGUUUAAUAAUGGUUCAGACAGUGCGUCGUAAUCAGGCAAAUAGGAUGGUGAUGGGGAUGCAGAAGCCAAGAAACUACCGCAUCUCAGAGCAUCGGCGUAUAUUCGGUGACCGAUGGUCGGAUCGUUCAUCAGACGAUUACUCGAUUGAAACUUCUCUUGAUCGUCGACAGUAUGAUAUCGGUAUGGCUGUUGAUCGGAUAAGACAAUAUCAAGGCAUGGAUAACCCCGAAAGUGAAAUAAGUUAUUAUCGGAGACCCGGUGGUUUAGAUAACUUUGCUUUACCAUAUGUAGCUGAUGGCGAAAGAAGCAGUGCCAGCGGUGAGAGCGCCAUCGAACGGAACCCGUUAAACUACAGCUACUAAACGCGCAUCUGCAAACAGUCCGAGCACUAUUUAUCUAUUUGAUUUGAACUCAACCCAGAUUAAAUAAAUUGGUACCCGACAUGAUUGUUUCCUUAAAGGCAAACAACAGUGCAUCACGGAAUAGAUUAUCAUCUACAAUGACCCUAUACAAAUGCCUAUUCAUUGUCACCCAUAUCGAUAUUAGAUCUGUUCUAAUCAUCAUCGAAUAAACCUGUUUUGUAAGCUAAGCAUUUCUAAGUGAAUUCAAUUAUUUUUUUUAUUUCGUCGUAUUGGUGCAGGAACGUCCUUAGCACACUUCCGCGCAUCCCAUCGAUGCAUAAACGCCCUUGCGCAAUGCCAUUAUGCGCUCAUGCAAUGCACGAAGGUAUGGUGAUAGGUGCGUUCCUGCAACAACACGACAUAUUAUUACCUAUACAACGCAUUUUAGCAGAUAAAUAAAAGUCAUAUUUCGCUCGCUACUUUCAAUCCGAGACCAACGAGGUAAACAUUUGCCAUGUUUCCCUCCCCGGGCUUUGCCCAUGGGAAUCCUGUACAAAACAGAGGGCAAUAUUGGCAAUUUUUCUGCUAAUGCGCUUGCGUAUUAGGAGCCGAUUUUUAUAGCUAACUUCAAUAUUUGAAAAAUCUGGCUGGAACCAGUUUAUGAGCCAACGCAUUGUAUAUUUCUACGCGUUAAGUGUAUGUGUAUGUCUCACAAUUGCUUAUUAAGGGUUACUUCGCUUAGUUCGUGAAUAACCUGAAAUCAGAAGUAGUGAUCAGCAAACAGGCUUAUAAUUUUUCCAAAUAUUAGCUUGAAUUACACAUUGUACAGCCUUAGGUAAUAAUAAUAAUAUUGACUGGCUCUUCUUUCGGGAAACAUCAAAUAUGUUGCCCUUAAAAGAACCAUAUUGCCCUCGUCUAAAGACUCGGGCCAAUAUGAUUCUGUUGUGGGCGACAUACUAGAUGUUCCCCUCAAGGCCAGUCAAUAUUAUGUAAUUAUUGAAUUGUGAUUAGCCUAUCAUACAAGGAAUCCCUAUUUUUUACUUUCAAAAUAUUCAAAAAUACGUUUUACUAAAAAGGAAACAAUAAUACGUAGGUGGAGUUCGAGCUUUUUUCGAGAUUUUUUUUGUCAUUUUUUAAAAUAGUUAUUCACGUGAUAAAUUCACAGUUUUCAUUUAGUGUUUUCUUUAUUCGGAAUUUUAAGGUACAUGUAUGUAUUAUACAAAAGAGGAAGCAAUUAUAUUACAUAGAUGUAUUUUUACCUGCUUUAUACAUAAAUCACAUUUGCACUUUAUAAAGAGAAUGAUAAAGGAAAGUCCUUCUCAGAAUAGGAUAUGUCAAUCCUUAUAUUUUUGUCAAUUGUUUAUAAAUCAAUAUCAUGCAAUACAAGUAGAUGAAAAUGACCUCGUUAUCAGGGGAAAGUUUCAUCAACAUUUGUUGUGCGAAAAGUUGUCAGAUCUGGCAACUUUCCUAGAUGUUGAUUGGCUGAGAAGCACAGCUCCUGUGAAAACUGUCGGAUGAAACACCCGACUAGACCUUUCAUAAAACGCUUCCCAGGAGUUAAUCAAUUUCACGAUAAUUUAUUUAAUAUUUCUUUAAAUUAAGAAGUCGGUGUAAAGGAUUCACAUAUGUGUAAUAACAUAUCAUUGCUAUUUUAAAUACUUAGUUUAGUUCCUUAUUAUAUGGAAGAGCAAUUUACCAUGGCUCUGAUAUCAAAUUUUAAAUGAAUAGUGAAAGGUAAACAUAUGUAUUUAUUAUACACAGAACAUAUAGUACUUGAUAUAUGACGGCUAUCUUCUUGUCUUGGGUGAAUGCUUCAUUUCUAAUAAUAUUUUUUGGUAUAUAUAUUUAAUUUAAUUUUUACGUCAUAUUAUCAAAUAUGUACAUGUAUUUCAGUAAUAUUUACUAUUCAAUAUAUUUCAGAUACAGUACUUGAUAUAGCAGCCUAUUAAUGACAUAUAUAAUUUGAAUAUUUUUUUUUAUAUAUGGUCACAUGAUUAUUCCAAUAACAAGUCUGUAUGGAUAUGCAGUUCCAACGUUCUUCCUUAUGAGUGCCUUAGUACAGUCCAGCGUACGUGUGAUUGAAGUGGUAGUGAAAACAACCCCCACCAAACUAAGUGCCUUCUCUUUUUUUUUGCAGCAGAGGCGCAUUAUUGAGGGCGCACAAAGUAUUUAUUUUAGGUACGAGACAAUGUCUUUCAUGUAAAGGGCUGCUCCUGGUUGAAAGAAAUAUAUAUCUAAAUAGAUGGGGAUACGCACUUGAUUAUAAUUAUGUAGUUAUAAUACCUUGUCUUUCAGUAACAUGAAAUGUCUUAAUCUGAAAUAUUUUGUUUAAUUACGUUUAAUUUGAUUUUGAAUUUAUAUCUAUGUGAUUUUUGUUUAUUGUAUUUUUCUUGUUGAAUGAAAUUUAUAGAAUUGAAUAUAAGUAAUCGUGAAAUAUCACUUUAUAAGUGUGUGAGGGUGUGUGUGUGUGCACUCUAAUAAUAUAAAAACACCACUCAACUCUGUUAAGUCCAUUAUUGUUAUGCCAGUAUAUUGUAAUUUAUUGAUAAUUUUUAACCUCUCCGUUGUAGGUAUUUUCAAAUUGUAAUUUGUUCGUGAAAUAUUGUAUUUUUAAAAAAUAAGACUCGUAAUCGUGAGCUGUUGCUUUCGUAUGAAGUUAUUUGUAUGCCUACAUAAUGAUGCCAAUUAAAGAUGUAUGUUUGCAUACUUGUACAAUAAAACGUGCAAAUCAAUAUCCAUUACUCUGAAAGUACAAAAAUGCGUUUAUUAAGGUUUAUACUUCAAGAUUUAUUUUACUCAGAGAACAAUAUAAUUAAAAUAUAUCAAGAAGAAUA